UAGACUCGUCCUAAGUAAAGCGUUUUCGGAUCUGCAUUUUAAAAUAUUGUGUCAGGCAUAUAACAUGUUUGUAUUGGUAUGGUACUAAUGGUCUUAUGGCCUAAUUUAUUUCAUUGUGUUUUUGAAUAUUCGGUUCAGCGGUUGCAGAAGAAUAACCAACUGAGAGGGCUAUAAACAUGGAAUCUGAAGGUACGCCAUAUGCACCAAAGAACAUCCUCAUAACAGGAGCAGCAGGAUUCAUAGGCAGCCACGUGACCAAUCGCCUAAUAAAAAACUAUCCCAGCUACAAAAUCGUUGCUCUUGACAAGAUAGACUACUGCUCUAGCUUCAAGAACCUCAGGCCUUGUCGUUCCUCCCCGAAUUUCAAGUUUGUCAAGGGAGACAUUGCCUGUGCUGAUCUCAUAAACCAUCUCCUGAUUGCCGAUGAGAUCGACACCAUAAUGCACUUCGCCGCACAAACCCACGUGGACAAUUCGUUCGGAAACUCGUUCGAGUUCACCAACAACAAUGUCUACGGCACUCACGUCCUCCUCGAAGCAUGCAAGGUCACGCAGCGAGUGAAACGCUUCAUUCAUGUGAGUACUGAUGAAGUUUAUGGAGAGACGGAUAUGGAGACCAAUAUUGGAAACCCUGAGGCCUCUCAGCUCCUCCCUACAAACCCUUACUCAGCCACAAAAGCUGGGGCUGAAAUGUUGGUCAUGGCAUACCACAGAUCCUAUGGAUUGCCAACAAUAACAACUAGAAGCAACAAUGUGUACGGACCCCACCAGUAUCCAGAAAAGCUUAUCCCAAAAUUUAGCCUUCUUGCAAUGAAAGGUGAGAAAUUACCAAUCCAUGGGAAUGGAUCAAAUGUGAGAAGCUAUUUGUAUUGUGAUGACGUGGCUGAGGCAUUUGAUGUGAUACUUCACAAGGGAGUGAUAGGACAUGUUUACAACAUUGGCACCAAAAAAGAGAGGUCAGUUUUGAACGUGGCAGAAGAUAUUUGCAAAAUGAUUGGUUUGAAUUCAAAGGAAGCUAUAACUUUUGUGCAUGAUAGGCCUUUCAAUGACCAAAGGUACUUUUUGGAUGAUCAAAAAUUGAAAAAGCUAGGGUGGGAUGUGAGGACUAGUUGGGAGGAAGGGCUCAAGCUGACGACACAAUGGUACACGAAGCACGCGGAUUGGUGGGGUGAUGUGUCUGCUGCACUUCACCCACACCCGAGUUUCGCAGUGAUUAGCCGACCGAAUGAUGAUUCUUGGUUCUUCGAAUAUGGGUUCACAAGGCUGUCGAGAACAUGCAGUGAGGGUAGCAAUAGUUCUGAAUUGAAGUUUUUGAUAUAUGGAAGGACUGGAUGGAUUGGAGGGUUCUUGGGGAAGCUUUGUAAGGGUGAAGGAAUUGAAUUUGAGUAUGGGAAGGGACGACUUGAGGAUAGGAAGUCUCUGCUGGAGGACAUCACAAGAGUACAACCAACCCAUGUGUUCAAUGCUGCUGGAGUUACAGGUCGGCCGAACGUUGAUUGGUGCGAAUCUCACAAGGCGCUAACAAUUCGGACUAAUGUAGUUGGCACGCUUAAUUUGGCUGAUGUUUGCAAGGAUCAAGGUCUGUUGAUGAUGAAUUUUGCGACCGGAUGCAUUUUUGAGUAUGACAAGGAGCAUCCCCUAGGAUCUGGUAUUGGAUUCAAGGAGGAGGACUACCCUAAUUUCACCGGUUCCUUCUAUUCGAAGACCAAAGCCAUGGUGGAGGAGCUGUUGAAGGAAUAUGACAAUGUGUGCACCCUCAGAGUGAGAAUGCCAAUAUCAUCAGACCUCAGCAACCCUAGAAACUUCAUCACAAAGAUAGCACGCUACGACAAGGUUGUGAACAUUCCCAACAGCAUGACAGUCCUCGAUGAGCUCCUACCGAUCUCCAUAGAGAUGGCUCGGAGGAACUGCAGAGGAAUAUGGAACUUCACCAACCCAGGAGUCAUAUGCCACAACGAGAUCCUAGAGAUGUAUAGGGAUUACAUUGAUCCAAAGUUCAAGUGGCAAAAUUUUGACCUAGAAGAACAGGCCAAGUUGAUUGUCGCGCCAAGGAGCAACAAUGAAUUGGAUGCUUCAAAGCUGAAGAAAGAGUUCCCCGAAUUGCUUUCGAUCAAAGACUCAAUCAUAAAAUAUGUCUUUGAGCCCAUCAAGAAGAAUUGAACAGCAUUUGGUCGUGUUAGAGACGAGGUGUGUAGAUUUCUUAUAUUUACUUUUUCAUCUUCAUAUUUUUCUUUCAUUUACUUGAUAGAAUUUUUCGUAAACGAGAGCCAUAAACUAUUAAAUCUUUCAAGUUUA